AUGAGAAGAAAUGAUGGGGAAAAAGAAGAAAAGGAGAUCCACUCGAUUGUGGACGAUCUCUCAUUGAGACUUGGAAAUUUGGGAGAUGGAUGGUUGGAGAGCAGUCAGACGUCGCCGAAAUACUUUGAAUUUACGCCUAUCGAGGUACAUGCCAUAACUGAACGUCUUCGACUACCAGAACCCACUGCGCCAGAUGUGAAUAUGGUGGCCGAUAUUGGAAACACGAUCGAUUUCCUUCAUCGUGUGCGUGCCCUCAAAAUCCGCGGACAAAAGGGAUACGUAGGAACAUCGAACAUCGUCUGGAACUCUCUUGACAUGAGUCUCUACUUUUGUAAAAGCUUGAAAGCACUUUGGAUUGCUGACAGUGAUGUGUGUCGAAUCAAUGGAAUAAAGAGUAUCAGGGAGACACUUCGUCGACUGGUCGUUCAUUAUUCAAUGAAGAAAAUUAAAGACUUGUUGUUCGAUGAGGAGGAUCUGGAGGCGGCGUUGAUGGUAGAAGAGAUGGGAACAUGGAAGUGUUUGGAAGAAGUUGAUCUCUCGUUUAAUGAAAUAAAAUGUUUUGAUGAGAGCAUGAAACUUCUUCCUGAGGUACGCAUUCUGAAUGUCAGCUACAACUCCAUCACAGAUAUCGGAACCAACCUCGCUUUUCUCUCUUCGCUGACAGAAUUGGAUUUAUCUAAUAACACUAUCACAAAAAUCGAUGCAUGGAACGAGAAACUUGGAAACGUCAAGAAACUGAUUCUGAGUGAGAAUGCGAUUGAAGAUCUCACGGGUCUUGGAAAACUGUAUUCGUUGGAAUAUUUAGAUGUGAAAGGAAACAAUAUUCAAACAUUGGAAGCUGUUCAGGGAAUCGGAAAACUUCCAUGUCUGGAGAUCCUCUUGCUUCGAGACAAUCCAAUUCGAAAACUCGUUGAAUAUCGUACGAAAGUUCUCGAACUGUUUGGUGAACGCAGUAGUGAGCUAAAACUAGACGGACGACGUCCAGAACACCGUGAGCUGGAUACCGUUCGUGUUCGGAUGGCUCUUCGGAAAGCGAAAGAAGAGAAAGAGGAGCGAGAGAGACGACGAAAAGAACGAAUCGAAGAGAGAAUUCGAUACAUUUCCGGAGAAGAUGUUAGUCCGAAUGUGUCCGGAUCGUUCUAA